GCGCUGUCUCUUUAAAUGAGUGACUCGCGGGUAUCAGCGGUGAAACAGCGACUGUAGAGCAAGAGAACGGGAACUGAUCGCCUACAGAAACACAAAGGCACAUUACGAUCCACAGCUAUGGGCAUCAAACUGUAUUACACCACCGUUACUGCAUCAAGAGAGGUCAAGUCUCAGCAGGCAGAGGUGAUGCGUAUUCUGGACAGUAAGAGCAUCAAGUAUGAGUUGAUUGACAUCUCUGUGGGCGGUGCUGUUCGGGAUGAGAUGAGGAGUAAAUCUGGCAACCCCACAGCAAUCCCACCUCAGAUAUUCAAUGAAGACAAGUACUGUGGGAACUACGAGAUGUUUAGUGAUGCCGUGGAGGCAGACACAGUGGAACAGUUUCUGAAGAUUGCAUGAGAGCCAAACCCUGGUAGCAACCAUCAUCCUCUUCCCUCCCCUGGUCCAUGUCCACAUUCCCAAAGGGAGGCCUGCCUGUCCCCCUCUGCUCCGCUGGCGGCGCCUGCCUUCGAUGUCUCAAUGCCAUGCCACAUGCCAAAAACAAUCAACAGAAAAGCACAUGCUCACUCUGUACCACCAUAUUUACCCUCAAACUGAGACCCGGUCGCUCGUUCAUUCCUGCUUUUGUUUUGAUGAUCUUGUUUAUCUCCUCUCUUGUGUCCUCUUUGAUUCCGACGCUUAAACGCCACUAAUUUGUCUUAAUCUUGUUUGGAUCAGAGCGCUUGGAUGUGUAGUAAUUAGGUCACCUAAUCUGGCCAGCAACCCUGUGUUUAGUCCAGAUUGAACUAAUCCACAGUCCAAGAAAUCCGAGAAUCGUUUUGUGUCCAGUAGUUGUGUAGAUGGCCUUCAUAUAGAAAUGGUUAAAUCUCCAUGGGCUGAAAUUUAUGAUGUGUUGGUACCUUAAAAACACAGGCCCUAAUGUGAAUCAGCUGCAUUGGAUUCUCUAUUAAGCACACUGCUUCGUAUUGUGUGUUUCGGCAGUGUUGAAACCACAGGUAUGCUCUCCGAGACAGAUUUCCAUUUAACAUUCCCAAAUUCAGGGACCGAAAAACGUUCCUUCGCGUUAAACUGUGCCAAUAAAUGUCUGUACGAAUCUGUUUUCCAUACAACCAUAUUUCCUCUGGGUACAAACCUUAUUGCAAAAUCUGAAAAUCUAUUAUAAAGAUGAAUCUCACAAUGUCUUGAAAUAAGAAACCAUAUUUUGCAGGGUUUUUUUUUUUUUUUGCAUUGUGAUAUUUCAUAACAGUUAAACACAUAAGCGUUGUUUAAAAUUUCGAUACAUAUUUUACAUUUUUUGCAUUGCUAUAAUGAUAACUGUGCUAAAAUUUCAAAAUGCAAAAAGGCAUAACGCUGCAAAAUAUAUUAGUUUUUUUCUGUCUUUUGAUUUUAGAAUGAUUUAGAAAUAUGACCCAGGCACAUUCAUGACACGUUUCCUGAAAUUCAACCAUAAAUUUAAUAGCAGAAUAGUGAGCGAGGUCUGCUUAACUGCUUAACCCAAUAAGUAGGCAAUAUACUCUAACACAUUCCUGUUAUACCGCAGAAUUUCAUCUCAUUUCAUUCUGGUAAUGCACUAAAUGUUGGUGUUUCUGUGAUGCGCAAUGCAAACCUUCCCUGAGCUCUCAAUUAGCUCAGUACUUCUGCUGCAAGCACGAAAUUCAUCAUCUAGUAGCCGAAUCACUCCAUACGGCAUAGUUCACAUGUACAUGCUGUUCCAUCAAGUGUCUAUUGCCGUUAAAUUGAGCUCACUGGAGGUUGUAGCAUUGACAUUUUUCCAGCAGGUUAUCCUCUAGCAUGUUAUGUUGAUCAUUUUGGUACUUAAUUUAUACUGUAUACGUGGCACAGUCUUACAGUCUCGGUGCGAGUCGUGGUCCCACAUCUAAUUCAUUUCACCUGGCGUUGACCAUGUCUGCUGCUCCCAGUUUGUCUUUCUUACAGUAUAUGCCAUUAUUGUUCUCUGCGGUCAAAGUUGAGGAUGUGGGACCUGCACGCACAGACAGCUGGCUCACGAAACGAUUGUGAAUCUUCCUCUGUCGUUAUUGUUUGUAACGAUUUCUUGUGGUCUCUUUGUGCUGUACUGCUUUGCUUUUGGACCAACGCCCUUUUUGGCCAACAUAAAACAAUGAUCAUUAGGGAAAGAUAUGCUGUUGUCUUCCAAGAAGAUUGUGAUGUAUGGGUCAAAUAAAAAGUGCAAAAAGAAA